AUGUUGGAGCCAUAUCUCGAACCUGGGCGUAACCUUCAAGAUUUUCAACAACAGUGGGAACUCAUACAUGUAUGCUGCCCUCCUUCUCCCCCCCCGACUACAGUUAUUGUAGGUUGUGCUUUUCCUGUGUGGCCGAAGUGCCUUGGUCAUGCCAAAAGCAGCUUUACUUUCAAGAGGCGUUUAGCUUAG